CGAGGAAACGCGAGCCUGGGCCAGCCAGGUGAGGUAAGGAACACCCGCCCCGCGCUCACCUCGGAAGGGGCGGGGCGCGGCUCCGGGCUCCCCGAGGAGGUGGAGCGGGCCGGGAUCACCUGUGGCGCGGCGGAACUGAGAGGUCUGCUCCUGGAACCUGGACCUCAGACUCACCUGUGCAGGAGGCGGGGGCGGGGCCAGAGCCAAAACUCACCUGAGCAGGCGGGAAACCGGACCCGGUAGUAGCCCUCGGGUUCGCCCAGCGCCCAGAGGGAGGCGGCCCGCGACCAGCCCCACUUGAGCGACCCUAAGCUCGUCGGUUCGUCGGUCCCGGGGCGGCCGCCAUGACCUGGAGCGCCACGGCCCGGGGCGCCCACCAGCCGGACAACACCGCGUUCACGCAGCAGCGCCUCCCCGCCUGGCAGCCGCUGCUGUCCGCGAGCAUCACGCUACCGCUCUUCUUCUGCGCGGGCCUGGCCUUCAUCGGCCUGGGCCUGGGCCUCUACUACUCCUCCAACGGCAUCAAGGAGCUCGAGUACGACUACACCGGCAACCCGGGCACCGGCAACUGCUCGGUGUGCGCCGCCGAAGGCCAGGGCCGCGCGCCGCCGCCUAACUGCUCGUGCGCCUGGUACUUUUCGCUGCCCGAGCUCUUCCCGGGCCCCGUCUACCUCUACUACGAGCUGACCAACUUCUACCAGAACAACCGACGCUAUGGCGUGUCCCGCGACGACGCGCAGCUGAGCGGGCUGCCGAGCGCGCUGCACAACCCGGUCAACGAGUGCGCCCCCUACCAGUUCAGCGCGGCCGGCCUGCCCAUCGCGCCCUGCGGCGCCAUCGCCAACAGCCUUUUCAAUGACUCCUUCUCGCUGUGGCACCAGCGCCGGCCGGGCGGACCCUACGUCGAGGUGCCGCUCGACCGCGCAGCCAUAGCCUGGUGGACCGACUACCAUGUCAAGUUCCGCAACCCGCCGCUGGUGAACGGCAGCCUGGCGCUGGCCUUCCGCGGCACGGCGCCCCCGCCCAACUGGCACCGGCCGGUGUACGAGCUCAGCACGGAUCCCAACAACACCGGCUUCAUCAAUCAGGACUUCGUAGUGUGGAUGCGCACGGCGGCGCUGCCCACGUUCCGCAAGCUGUACGCGCGCAUCCGCCAGGGCAACUACACUGCCGGGCUGCCCCGGGGCGCCUACCGCGUCAACAUCACCUACAACUACCCGGUGCGCGUCUUCGGAGGCCACAAGCUCAUCAUCUUCAGCAACAUCUCGUGGAUGGGCGGCAAGAAUCCUUUCCUGGGUAUCGCCUACCUGGUCGUUGGCUCCCUCUGCAUCCUCAUGGGUUUUGUCAUGCUGGUAGUCUACAUUCGCUACCAGGACCAGAACGAUGAGGACGACGACGACGAGUGAUGCCUCCUUUCAAAGGCCCCUCCUGCUUCUUGCCAAAAGUCUGUGGGCUGCUUUUGGCCCAAUCUCAAGCUCACCUCACCUUGCCUCCUGUUGUGGAGGCCCAGAGAAAGGAAUUAACCCUUUUCUCCAGGGGGCUGCCAGAUUCCUGCCGGGGCGUUUGGGCUGCAGAGUGCAAAUACUCCUUCAUGAUUUACGAAGUUGACAUGUCAGCUUCUUAAAGUCUGUAGCAUCCCAGAGCAGAAAGAACUGCAGAGACUCCUAGUCAGCCUCUCUCAGACUAAGGGAUGAGACCUAGUGGUGUUAAAUAACUCAUUAAGAGCAGGCAGUCUCAACAACUGUCUCCUGAGUUGAGUCUAGAGUUUUUGCCACUACAGUACAGGGGGU